GAUCAGUUACGGCACCAGCAGAUGUCUGCAUCUAUAGAACGUUGGAAACGGCUGCAAGAAUUGAAGAGACGACGGGAAGAAAUUCAAAAUGGUGGUAACAAAAAAAAAAAGCAAGAGGAUCGAGAAGAAUUAGAGAAAAAGCUGGAUCCGAACCGUUCGGAUUCAUUAUCUACAUCAGAUCAAACCACCUCUCAAUCAUCAAUACAUCAAACAAUUCCGAAAAGUCUAGUAAAGUACAUAAACAUGAAUUCACAUUUGAAAGGUGUAGAUCAUGGCCGUCUGGCUCCUAAGGGUCGAUUGGAGAAAGAACUUGAUAAAGCUGUAGCAAAUGGUGACUUAGAUCUGGCUUCAAAAAUAAGCGACCAAAUUGCACAAAGGAAUUAUGAAAAUACGAUACAAGAAGCAAUAGAAUGUAAAGAAUAUGAUGAGAGAAAAAAACGUGAAGAAGAAUUGAAAGCGAAAAAGAAAAAACCAAAACUGAAAUGGGGAUUUGAAUCAAAGCAUCGUUGGGAGACCAAGAGCAACAUGUAG